GGCGGGAAGGGUGACAGCGCGUGACCGUUGGGAGCGGGAAGGGUGACAGCCCGUGACCGUUGGGGGCGGGAAGGGUGACAGCCCGUGACCGUUGGGGGGUUGACACCCUGAGAACGUUGAGCGUUGGAAAAAUUACAGCUUGUGACCGUUGCGAUAGGAGAAGGCGAAGAUCCCCUGACCUUUGGUGACCCUGGGGGUGGGAGAAGAUCCCCUGUUUUUAUUUGAUUGGGUGGGCGUGGAUAGGCCGUGACCGUUUGGUGGUACGGUACAGUUGUUGUUGUUGUGGGGGAGCGGGAGCCGGAGCCGGGCGGAUCUCACUCUGUGUCUGUGGUGGGGAGGUUGCCGCAGCCCGGGACCUGCAGGCUCCCCGUGUCACGCAGCAGUCCCAAGACAACCCUGGUGACACAUUAAACCAGAUCGCCGAACAACAAAACCAAAUUACAUCGGGGUCGUUUUAAAAUAAAAUGAAUGAAAACUGGCCUUCAAAACAAAUUAAAGACCAAUUAGAUCACAGGCAAGGAGGUGUGAAAGUGAAGAUUGAGAAAAUUUUGCCUGAAGAGGAAGCCAAGUAUGGACAAUGCAUUGUGCCAGACUAUACCCAGGUAUAUCCCAAGGAAGCGGAACUGGAAUUGGGGAAGGUGAAAGGUGAAGAGAUGACUAUGAAUGAAUCCCAUGAACAAAAUGACUACUGGUUUUGUGAGAAUUGCCAGGAGUACUUCAUGGACGAGUGUGCCCUUCAUGGAUGUCCAGUAUUUAUUACUGAUACACCUAUACCUGUAGGUACACCAGAUAGAGCAGCCCUCACGGUUCCUGCUGGAGUAGUAGUUGUGAAAGAGCCUGGAGGAGAGAUUGAUGUUCGUUGUUUAGAUACCAUCAUUCCAAAGGGGAGGAUAUUUGGACCAUAUGAAGGAGAAGUGUGCCAAACUGAUAAGUCAUCCGGGUUUUUCUCAUGGCUGAUUCUUGGCAAGAAUAACACAUACAAGUCUAUUGAUGGCACAGAUGAGACCAAAGCCAAUUGGAUGAGGUAUGUAGUUAUAUCAAGAGAAGAAAAUGAACAGAACCUUAUGGCGUUCCAGCAUAAUGAGAAGAUUUAUUUUAGAGUAUGUAGGGAUAUUCAUCCUGGAGAGAGGCUACGAAUUUGGUACAGUGAUGAUUAUAUGAAACGCCUCCAUGCAACUACACAAGACACUGUAGACAGGAAUCUCCUUACUGCGGAAACAAAGUGCAAGAAGACUAACCUAGGAAGACAUUCCACUGACAAAUUCACUCGAAAUCCAGGGACAUCCAGAAAACCAGGGAUUCUAAAUAAAGAAGAUAUCGAAAGACUUGAAUGUACUAAUUUGAACAAAAGUGCAAAACGAAGCAACAAAGACGGAGACUGCACCCCCAGCCCUAAAAAAAAGAAGCUGGAGCAGAUGUUUAAAAGUAGCCAUGACUUGUCUGGUGAUCCCUCAAGAGAAAAAUUUGCUUAUCCUGUUUCUGGUCGUGGCCCAGUCGAGUAUGUAUAUUCUGUGACGCAAACUAGCAACCUUCAUAUAACUACCUCAUCUCCUGUACCUCAAAAGCCUCUCUUUGGAGGCCAGAGUGUACAGGAACUUGAAGUCAAUAAGUUGACCACAGCUCAAGACAAAUAUUCAUCACCUGUUGACAGCCAUUUUCCUGCUCGACAAAGGCACAAGCAUCAGGAGAGUGAUACAUUCAACAGACCAGGAACUUCCUCACAUCAAAGUGCUUUAUCUCUAUCCAACACCAGAAGUGAAGUAGACUCCAAUACCCAAGAAAAAGCUAGUGAAAAACACAUAAACUCUGGUUUCCUUCAAAAUAUUGAAGAAGGUAGCUGUGCUUUACCACCAGAGAAUUCAGGUGGACAACAUGGGGGUGUGACUGAGGAAGAUUUUCCAAAAGCCCAGCCAUCAUCAUACUGUCCAAACUGUGUAAUACUUCAAGAGAAAAUUCGAAAGCUUCAGGAGGAGCUAGAUCGGUUGAAGUCUAAUUUACCAGCUCCAGAAGCACAGACUCCUGUCCCAGUUGUCAUGGAUGACACUAGUGAGCAGGAGAUGGAUUCAGCUGAUGAGUCAAUGUCCAAUGAAAUGCUAGCCACCACAGAUGAAAUAUCGAAAACCUCGACUGGUACAGGCCGGAGAAUCAGACGCUUCAAGCAUGAAUGGCUGAAGAAGUUCUGGUUUCUACGCUAUUCACCAACUCUGAAUGAAAUGUGGUGCCAUGUUUGCAGACAAUACACUGUUCAGUCUUCCAGGACAUCAGCCUUCAUCUUGGGCUCUAAGCAGUUCAAAAUCCACACUAUCAAGUUGCAUGCCCAGAGUAAUCUUCAUAAAAAGUGCUUGCAGCUUUAUAAGCUUAGGAUGCACCCAGAAAAAACUGAAGAGAUGUGCCGAAAUAUGACACUGUUGUUCAAUGUUGCCUAUCAUCUUGCCUUUGAAGGAAGAAAUUUUUCAGAUUUCAGGCCUUUGGCUGAACUUCUGAAAAAAUGUGAUUUGAAGAUUGUUGACCAAUACUUGAAUGAGGGAGAUUGUCAAACUUUAAUUCAUCACAUUGCAAGGUCUCUUCGUGAAGAUCUCUUUGAGAGGCUCAGGGUAUCUCCAUUUAUGAGUGUGAUUUUGGAUGGGCAGACAGAUGACCUGGUUGCUGAUAAUGUUGCAAUCUAUAUUCAGUAUAUUACCAAUGAGGGGCCAGCUGCUACAGAGCUAUUGUCUCUGCAGGAAUUGAGUUCUGUAACAGUGGAUGGUUAUAUACAGGCAUUGGACAGGGCCUUUGGGGGUAUAGGGAUCAAAUGGAAAGAGGAAAAGUUAAUUGUAGGACUUGGGGUAGAUGGAGCCAUGAUGACAACAGGGCUACGGGCAGGUUUGGCCAUGAAGAUCAAAAAGACUUUGCCUUGGCUACUCUCUGUCCCUUGCGUAGUGCAUAGGCCUCAUUUGGAAGUAUUGGAUGCUAUAAGCAACAAGGAACUAACCUGUUUGGAAGAACUAGAGAACAACUUAAAGCAGUUGCUGAGUUUUUAUCGUUAUUCCCCGAAACUCAUGUGUGAACUAAGAUCUACUGCAGCAACACUUUGUGAAGAGACUGAAUUCCUUGGUGACAUUCGAGCCGUUAGGUGGAUUAUUGGAGAGCAGAAUGUCCUAAAUGCGUUAAUUAAGGAUUAUUUGGAAGUGGUGGCUCAUCUUAAAGAUGUUAGUGGUCAAGCACAUAAAGCUGAUGCGGCUGCCAUCGCUUUAGCUCUACUGCAGUUCCUCAUGGACUAUCAGUCAGUUAAGCUAAUCUAUUUUUUAUUAGAUGUUAUUGCUGUACUUACACGGCUGGCAUUUGUUUUCCAAGGUGAUCACCUCCUAAUUACCCAUGUAGAUUACAAGAUUGAAGAAGCUAUUGAGGAAAUCAGCAGAUUGGUCGAAUCACCAGGAGAAUAUCUGCAAGAAUUUGAGGACACCUUUCACGAAAGUUUUCAUGGUGUUCCUCUGAAAAAUCUAAGAGUCGCAGAAGCUAAGUUCAAUUCAAUAAGAGAGAAGAUAUGCCAAAAAACCCAGCUGAUUCUAGCCCAAAGACUAGAUUCUAAUAGUCGCUCAGUUAUUCGAGCAUGUCAAGUGUUUGAUGUUGCCACAUGGCCUCAAAAUGAGGAAAACCUGAUGAGUCAUGGUGAGGAAGAGAUCUUAUAUAUAUAUAAGCACUUUGAAGUUAUUCCAUCAUUUUCAAGGGAAAUAGGUCUGGAUGGCAGAGAUAUUCAAGGAAGCUUAUUGCAGGAAUGGAAGGAGCUCAAAUCUGAGUGUUACAACAAGAAUGGUUUCAAAGAGUUGAGCCGUCACAUUUUUAAGUAUAAACAAAGAUUCCCAAUACUAAAUCGGAUCACUCAGUUAUUGCUUGUCCUACCAACAUCAACUGCAGCUUGUGAGAGAAAUCGUGGUGCCUUCUACCGGAUACGUAACAAUAACAAGUCUCGACUUAGCCUUGACCAACUCAAUGACCUUCUAACUGUUGCUGUCAAUGGACCACCAAUUGCCAAUUUUGAGGCUAAGAGAGCACUGGAUUGUUGGUUUGAGGAGAAGUCAGGGAAUAGAUAUUCCUUAUCUCCAGAGAUGAUCAAUAGAGUUACUUCAUUGGACCAGAAACCAACAUUACAUGGUCUGGACAUGGGAACUGAUUGUAUAACAGAUAUUCAUGAAACCAUUAUGUAAAUGAUUGGAUUUUUUAAAUUGCAUAUAGUUAGUUCCAUGAUUUGCUGGGAAUAACUUAAACGCAUUCUUACUUAUGAACUUUAUGAAAACACUUAUUGGUGACAGACUGGUACAAAUACCAGAUCAGAAAAUUCAACAGGGUGUUGAUAAAAUUUCCCACAGAAAAACAAUGCAACACUGACCUGUAGGAUCCAAUCCCUUGAUUGAUUUCCCAAUUGUAUUGUAACCUUUGAUAACCAGUACUUGCCUAUAUUGGGAGAUCAAAAUAAUCAGAAUGGACAGGCCUGAAAAAGGUUUGGUACUGUUGGUCAUCAAAAAUAAUAACUGCUCAUUUGCUUUUAGUAAUGCAAAUAUUAGAUAAUAAGAGAAGUGAUUGGUCAUUCUAAUUUUUUUCAUUGAAGCAAAGGUUAUUUAAGCUGUUUAAGGUUGAUAUUAAGAGUCACCUUGUCUAAUCUUUAACUCGUUUUGUUAUUUACAGAAGCUAUUACUAAGCAUUAACAAUUAACGAUUAAUGGGGAGAAGGAAGGGAGAAAAUUUGUUAUUUGUGGGGUUGUAAGAGAUGUAAAAUACAUAGUCCAAAUGAUUUAAAAAGUAUAUGUAUCUACAAUAUUUUUAUAGAUUACAAUUAUUGAUAAUAGAUGGUCAACUUUUCAUGUCUAGUGAGCAUGUCUUUUUAAAAAAAACACCUGGAAAGGAAUGAAUGUAUCAAGAGGAUAUAAUUCUUUAUCUCAUUUUAUUGCUGUGAAAGAAAGCAGACACAUAUCAGCCAGUGCUUCAGCCGAGCAUGCACACUUCAGUUCAGUUAGCUAGACUAGACUGCAAAACUAUCAAUAUGUGUGCUUAGGUGGAAGGCUGUUGAUAGAAAUUAUUCUCACAUCUGAGAAAUUUAGACAGUCACAAACCACUUACCACUGGUUAACAGUCUGUUAUUAAAAAUGUCUUCAUAUUAGAUGAUACUAAGACUAUUUGCUAAUUUCAGUAAUCAGUGGAGGAAGGAUAGUUAUUUUGGGAAUGGCAGAGCCAAAUAGCAAUACGUUGAGGUGUGAGAGUAAUAUUUUAAAAUUGGUAUUUUUCAUAGCAAAUGUAGAAGAUCAUACCUUUCCCAGAGUGCCAGAUGUGUUCACUGGCUGUAAAGCACUUUCAUUAUAUGCAGCUGCCCCAAAAAUGACACUGCAUUCAGUUUGACAGUUCCUAGUCAUACUUUAUGCCUGUAGUAUUUCCAGUUUUUACUCUGAAAAGAGUACUGCACAAAUGAAUCAACGUUAAUCUUGUUAGGUCAACAAAUUCACAUUAUAGCAUUUAAUGUUAACAUUUUUUUUAAAAUGUCUUCUACUCUGAGAAUGAGACAUCAUUUGCAGAGCAGAUAUGAUUUUUUGAGAGUUCUAAAUAAAAGUUUUAGUAGAUCAAGAAAGAUAUUUUAUUAAUGUGAUAUAUUCUCAUUAAAUUAACUUUGCCAGUAGAAAUGAGAUUCCUGCCUUUGGGUGUAGCCACUGACCCUUGCCAGUUAAUUAUGAAAGGCUGCUGUUUCCAGGUGACCAUAACAGUCUGUAGCCAUUUUAACAUUGACUAGACAUCGGUGGUACUAAACGUGUAGCCACCAACUAGUGCAGGAUGGUUAUCAGAGCUGAAUUUUUAAAAUCAUGAUAUCUUAGAAUUUCAUGUAAACCUGGGUAUUAUGCUGUGUGAUAUUAUUGUACAAUCAUAUAACAUAUUCGCAUAAAAUUAUUAUGACUGCUAUUUAAAAAAAAUAAAGAUCAGGCAACUUAACCAUUUCAGUCUGGGCAACGUUCAAAUGCAUAACUCAAAGACAAAGAUGGUAGUGAAAAAGUUCAGAUGACUAUUCUACCUUCAAACUUUUCUGAUCUUGGAGCAAUUAGCUCAGUACCCAUUUAGACAUUGAAACUAAUCCAUAAUGAAUUUAUUGCUCAAUGCAAAUUUUAGAAUGUGGUUAAGACUAUCUCUGAAAAUGGGUCAACAUGCCAGUGCCUUUAAAUAGAUUACUGAAAGAACCACAACCAAUGUACACAUUGCAUUGCAUAUGGAUAGUGAUGAAUUUCUGUUACUUAGCCCUGGAAAAUAUUAAUUGUCGGCAGUGUGUAAUGCACAAAAUCCUAGGCGAGUAUGAGAGAGAUUAUAGUUUUAUCUAAAUUGAUAUAUUCUAAAUUGCAAAGUUUAUAAAAUGUUGUGGAAAUAUUAGCACAUUAGUGAGUUUUGAGAAGAUUUGUAGCUCAGGUUGAGGUUCUGGAUGUAAGUUUGCUCAUCAGUGAGCCUGUAAUGAAGCACUGGUGUUAGUGACCAGCUUUCUAAACAGAAAGCGAGUCACUCACGCCGGUGCUUCGCUAGAGACUCGCUGAUUAUGUUACCUAGUAUGGUGACGAAACAUCUGAAAAUGAACCUUCCACCUCAGCGAGCAAACGUACUACUUAAUAUCAUCGUGAUAGGAUUGAGCUUCAUUUAAUCACUGUAGAUUUAAUAAGUUCAGAGCAGAGAGGGGAAGUGCUAUUAUUGAAGGUGGCUUUGUUAGCAGUUAAGAUGUAUUGCCAUGUCGUAUAUUGUACAUUUUCUUCUGCCUCCUGGCAUAGGCAGUUAUCCUUGCUAUGAUUCAAGUUGCUGUCACUAAAAUCAAGUGUUUAAAUUAUUGGAAAUUUAAUAAGGUAUCAAGACUAGAAAUUUCUAGCAGCCAGAAAUCCUUCAGGUUUUAAAAUAUGUGCUUUAUAAAUUUCAAGUAAUUCAGCAACCUAUUGCUUAAUCAAGAUCAGAAUGAAAUCUGCACUGUUAUCAUGAACAUCUUGUCUGAUAUCUAAAAAUAAGAGACCAAAGCAGAUGUCUUUUAUCAGCAUGAUGAAGCCCUACUCUCACCAUGGUUUGUAUUUUUUUAAAUGCAUGUGUAUGUUUGUAACCAUGUGGUCUUUGUUACUAUGUUUAGAGUUACUGAAAUGUUUGCUCAAAAUUGCCUGCCAUUGACCACUCAACUUAUCAAUGAGCUACCAAAUGUAAUGAAUUAAUUGAUUUCCACACUCUUGAGUUACAAUGGUUUAAUUACUAUUUUUGAUUUUUUUCCAGAAGUGACUGAGAUUAUUAGCAUCGCAGUUAAAAAUAAACGAUUUCUCAUGAAACUUAUGAUAUAUGUUAUAACCCUGUGGACAGAUAUUAAUUGGAGGGGUGAAAGUAACAAAUAGAUAUAACAGAUAUGAUUAAGGCUACUGUACAUGCAGUAGUCUGAUAGAGGAAAAAGGCUGCUUGGAAUUAGCUAUCUGUUUUGAUUUGCCUUUUGAAGGUUUUUAUGAUGUUUAUGAACUCAGUCAUGGUAUAUAAAGAAUAAACGAUUUUGAAAAAGAUAAGUGUAUCAAAUGUAAAAGAAAAUGGUAGCUUCACAUCACUUUUUGAUCACCAUUUGACAUUGUUGGCAUCAUCAAUCUCAAUUAUGCAAAAAUACUACGUGGAGAAAAUGACCACUUCAAACAGGACUUGGGUGUUGCUAUUUGAAGCCACGUGGAUGAUACACAUUGUCUUAUGCAAUCUGAUUGGUGAUGAAGGCAGAUUAUGGUUUACUUACUACUGGGCUACAUUUAUCAUUUCUAUAUUUUUGUUUGGUCAUUGUCAUUUUUUAAGCAUGAUGCAGCAUACUGUUCAUAUUGUGUUUCCUUCAACAGAACCCAUUUCAUUGCCAUUGCAGGUGUAUAUUAAGAAAUUAUGUCACCUUCCAGUUUUGCAAACUUGUUCCUUUCCCUUGCCAUUUUCUUUUUUUAUCUAAAUGUAAGCCGCUAUGCUAUUAGUUUCUUUAACUCCUAGCCCUCUUGAAUUGUCUUGAAAGUUGACAAGAGCAACACUUUGCUAACUUUCAUUAAAAUGUUCUGCAAGGGGUGAAGUAAUUUUUCCUGAAUGUUGACGUCCCCCUUGGUGAAAAUAUUUAUGAAAGAAUCAUGAUUGUAAAUCCCUGUGUUCAAUUGACUCUGCUGAUGUUUGCAUUGGUACACUUAUAAAUUGCAUCGUAUGGUCUAAUGGAUUUACAACUGCCAAUACUGGGUUGGAAAUAAAACCAACUCGUCUGUAUUUGAUGUUUUAAAGCCAAAAGGGAGAAGCUAUUACAUGACAUGAAAUUAGAUUGAAUCAUCUGAAAGUUCCUUUGGUAAAAUAUAUGUAAGAUCUGAUUCCUCUGGGAAGGCACUUACCAUGUAGCGUCUAUAUAGGUUGAUAUCUUUACUAAGUAUCAAUUGAUUGAAAAGCAAGGAGCUUCAGAGAAAAUUGCUUCCAUGGACCAAUGUCUAGCUCUAUUGGUUUCAGUUGAAAGAUAAAUAGUUCUAAUAAUAUUUUAGUUAAAAUUGGGUUUUUGUUUAAAACGAAAUUUUAAAGAAAUGUCAUUUGUACUUUCCCAUCUGGCCCUCAUUUACCUAUCUCUAAACCCUUGCUCCUCCUUGGCAUGUAUGCACUCUACAUGAAAUACUGUAGUCAGGAAUUCAGUCAUACCCUAUGACCUUGUUACCCUGGGGGUCAAACUUUGAUUAAGGAUACAUUUAUUAUAUUCAUUCACAAAAUAAGUUCCAUUUUAGCUUAAGUGUGUAUUGAGUAGGGAUCUGCACAUGCACAAUUGUAACUGUUGAUAAUGAGUGUGGUAUCCAGAGAUUUAGCUUAGUUGGGCAAGUCAGUUCUUGCUGCCAAGCCAUGUAAACAUUGUGUCAACUGAAUGGCAGCUCGUGAUUUCACACUAUUAAUUCUUGAGUAAAUUCACUGUUAGAUGCUGGGUUUCUGCAAAUAUUAUGUUCUUAUUAGCUGCGUUGAUCAUCCCAAUUACCACAAUCUCAUCUUUCCUUGCCAUUUCAUUGAGUUAGCCCAAUUGAGAUGGUAUUUAAUUCUUCUGGGAGUUUUGAAUUAGGAGGGAACAUGAGAGGAAGACUGAAUGUUCUUCACCUUGAUGACUUGAUCAAAUUCAGUUAGGGACAGGAAGGUCAGGUAGUCUUUUCACAUGGAGAUCAAUUGAGGCUUUAUAGUGAUUCAACUGAUGGCAUUUAAGGGUCUUAUUCUGCCAUUGCUAGUGUUCUGCUUGUAGCGUGAGGCAACUGGGUGCAACACCAUUUCAGGAAACUGCUCAAUAAAGUUGGUGGCUUCAUUGUGGACUUGGGGAUGGGAGUGGACCUUCAUGAGUGAACAUCUUGGAGUCAAUAGAGGGUCACCCUGGCUGCAAGAGCUGCUACUAGGAAGGAUCUCCCCUUACCCCAACAUGCUUGGUGCUCUUCAGGAAUCUCCAUCAUGGUGGCUGCUCCUGGCUGCCUGCAGUACCAAUUGUAACCACCGCUUCCAGUGGAACUACUGAGACUGCAGAGUUGGCAACUAUCUAACAGGAUUUUUGGUUCUUAAAGCGGAGAUUUACACUCUUAAAGUGGCAGCAAUACUAACGACAGGGUAUUAACUGUAUUGGGGCUUUGAGAAAUGACUGUUGGGCUCAGCAUUUCAACCAGUGGAUGGGAUCGCUGCCAUGGCCAUUUAAUUCAGCCCUAGGCAUUCUUUCACUUGACCAAUUAGUACUCAGUGCCCUAUACUACCAGCUGUGGUUGAUUGUAAAACGGAGAAUUAUUUUUUGGACUUUACUGCACUGCUCUGUUAUGGCACAUACUUUAGCGUCUUCCUGAGUAUAUCUACUAAGGUCACAUUGGGAUUCAAAGGUUUCCAGAGCUGUGACUUCUUGGAAUUUUUCUUAUAUUAAGCUAGGCAUUUAAAAAAAAGUUGUCUUCCAGUCUGUCUGGAAAGUCUAUGUUUUGUUGCUGCUGAUUGCCAAAGUUCUAAUGAUUGUACACACAGAAAGAAGAUAUUUGGACUAACACAGCAAUGCCAUUUAUACUAGAAUAUUCAGAAGUUGCAAUUUCCCUGUAGGUCUGGAAAUGUUCUGAUACAAGUAUAUACCCAAUUCUCUUUUGAAAGUUACUGUUGAAUCUAUUUCUUUUGUCUUUCCAGAUUGAUAGUAGUUGCUGCUUAAAAAAAUACAUGCCUCACCUGCUCCCUUCCCCAUUGCUGUCCAUUCUCUUCUGCCUCACACUCUGCUCACAUGUGGGGAACUGCAGGAUCCUUACAUCUGUCCUAUAUGGCUUUAAGAGGUGCAUUUUGUCCUUGGUUUUUGUCAUAAGAGGUUGAGACAGAGGUGGGAGCAGUCUGUUCUAAACCAAUAAAGUAAACAACUUGUGAGGCCUUGGGUUUUUUUUAAGUUGGAACAAUAGAAGCAGCGUGAAUGGGUAGAGUAAGAUUCCCAUAGAACACGGGUUUUAGUUUAGAUUUCAAUAGAUGUUGGGGUUUUGAAGCUGCUAUGAAAUACUUGAGUUCUCUCUCUGUGAGAAUUUUCUCUUUGUUUUUCCCUCUUGGACUGGAAAAACAUUGCAUGCAAGACAAUCUGUUUUACUGAAUUUGCCUUUGCCAAGGUAAAUUUAUGGGAUGUUAGUAUACUGGAGCAGUUGCUGUUUACUAGUUAAAUAAUCUAUUUUCUGUUGAGUUUUCCAAUUGAGUUAAAGUUUGACCAUUUCUUCUUUCUUUUGCUUGUU